CGCGUCUUGCCGAUCGCGAGUGCGCGGAGGGCGCCAUGGGCCGUCAUCAACCCCCCCCCGGCGUCGGCGCGGUCGCCAUGCCCGGGAGCAAGAAGGACAAGCAGGAGGGCCGCAAGGCGUACACGAACACGUGGGCCGCGGGAGACAUACACAAGGCGUGCUGCGCGAACCCGGGGUUCUGCUGCGUCGCGCUCUUCUGCCCAUGCUGCGUCGCGUACUCCCAGCGCAAGACCCUCAUGUUCGGCGACCUCACGAACUACACGUGCUGCAACGGCGACAUGUGCAUCUCCGGCAAGGUCGGGGAAAAGAACUGCCCGGAGUUUUGCCUCUGCUGCGAGGUCACCUGCUGCUUCGCCUCCGCGGUGGCCACCUCGCGCUUCAUGAUCCAAGACGAGAUGCGCGUGGAGAACACCAAGUGCGACAACUGCAUCAUCGGCUUCAUGAUCUGCCUCCAGCAGCUCGCGUGCAUCUUCAGGAUCGCCGCGUGCAUCACCCAGAACGAACAGAUCGAACGCUGCGCGGACAUUCUCGACUGCGUCGCCGAUUCCGUCUACUGCUCCGUGUGCGCGUGCAUGCAGACGCAGCAGCACGAGCAGAUCAAGCUGCGCGACCCCGCGGCGAGGGCGCCUGGGGAGAUCCAAGGCGCGAUGCAGCCGCCGCCGCCGCCGCAACAGCAGCAGCAGCCGCCGCCGCAGCCCGGGUACGGCCAGCCCGCGUACGGCCAGCCCGCGUACGGCCAGCCCGUGCAGCCCGGGUACGGCCAGCCCGCGCCCGCGUACGGUCAACCCGCGUACGGUCAGCCCGUGCAGCCUCAGUAUCAGCAGCCGCCGCCACGGCGCCCGCGGGGGGAGCCUUCUGGAGCACCUCCGGCGCCCUCUUCGCCUUCUUCUUCUUCUUCCCGUUCUCCGCGCCCGUCGCGCGCGCGUCCGACGCGCGCGCGCCCUUCAGCGCCGCGGUCGCGAUCGGCGUGA